AUCAAAGCUCCCAUGAACCGCCGCGAUGACUAGGAAGAAGAAAGCCGGCGAGAGAAAGAAAGACAGUCCUCCAGGCGGCGAUUCUCUUGCUUCAUCCACUGUCAGCGUUUCUGCUUCUCCGAGCCACCAGGAGCAAAAGCCACAAGGAUCUUCGUCUGUGCCUAAAGCUAUCAAACCACCACCCGCAGAGCCGUCGACUUCUGCUCUCAUUAUCUGUCGAAACAAACACUGGCGGUAUAUAUCGUCCUUCCACGGCCCAUGGCUCCAGUUGCCUCCCGAGAUACUUGAAAGCCUGGCAUACAGCAACUAUGCCUCUCCGCAGCCACAGCCCAUCGACCCGGCGGUCUUCUUCGACCUCAUCAAGAUCCGUCAGCUGAUCGAAGAGGCCACAGACCUCGCUGUACGUGCAGCGAAUGGGACAAUAUCUUCGCCGGGGAACUCAUCAUACAACUCGGGAUAUGGUCUUCUGGGUGGCAAUGGAGGGGGACCCAUGGGGGGUUCGGGUGUGCGAGGGAGUCGAGGAGACGGUACAACGAAAUUGAGUCGGGAACGACGGCACCGUAUGCGGGAACAUGCCACCCAGAAGCUAUCCAAGGCGUAUGCGCUUGAUGAGAUUGCAGCCAGUGUUGCCACGAUGCAGUCUGCAUCCGCACUUGAAGAAGUUGCAAAGCUGGUUCUACAACGGAACGAGAAUGACUGUGACGCGAAAUACGUCCAUUUUUUCCAUGAAAAGAUCCCGUCUCGCUCUCUGGUGCAAUGCACAAGUCUUCGGCCGCUGGAUGAUAUCAUUGCUAUGCGGCAGUUGGACGGGGCUACCUACAGGACUAGAGCUGUGGCAAAGAUGCUGAAGGACGACCUCCUAGGCGCAGCGAGAGACCUCACAGAGGGACUUGCUGCUUGUCGUGCCUGUGGCAGACAACAUGAAGACAUCAGAAAGGACAUUGAAGUGGUGACUGAAAGUAGUCGACGAAAAAUGAUGCCUUCACGAUUCAGCCAGAAGAUAGAUGAAAACGACCAGCCACGUGGAUUGGAGGCCCAACUGCUCUUCCAUAGGGCUGGAACCAAGGAGUCUCAUGGACCGACAAAUGGCGAUGAUGACACUCAGGACGUGAAAGAGAACGGUGGUGACCCGAAAGACAGACAGGCACAUAGACACUGGCUGGAGGAACGGAAGAUUGUCAAGUCAAAUGCGCGACGGGCUCUUCGCGACUAUCUUGCUUUCCUUUCUCUGAUCAAAUAUACCCCAGGACCUACCCCGUCUAAAUUACAAGACGGCACUUUUGCUACUCUUUACAAGAUUUAUCCUGUGUCAGACCUCUUCUCAUCCACGCCUCCUGCAGACCUCCCGCCUUAUCCCGAAGAAUCAGAUGCAUUAAUCGUGCCCAACCAAGGUAAUGCUGGCCAGCAAGCCCGAAGCUCGGACGUCUGUCAUGAAGCCGUGACUUACCACCCGCUGCUUACGGACGCCCUUCACUCCAUCUUGAUAUGUCAUUCCAUCCUUCAGACACCUGAAAAGGAGUUCGUCCGCCACGCUCACAUGGUAGCCCGAGUCGCACGCAUCUGUGACGGGUAUCCCAUCUUCCUGGCUCCCCGAUCUCCCUCCCGCUCCGACUGGAUGGAAAUCCUCCACCGCACUGAUAACUGGCUGAAGAUAAGACCAUGGGAAACCCUCUGUGCACCUGCCCCUCUCCCAGGCCACAACAUAUACAAGAAAGCAACGGCAGAUCCAGCAAUACCCGCGGCUACGCAGCCAGAGAUCCCGCCUGAGCCUGCGCAGAAAACACCACCAGCCCCAACCCAAGAAGUAAUGGCACACACCUCCCAGAUGAACAAUGCCGUGUUUAAAAGGUGGGCUCAGGAUGACUCCAAGGACUUCCCGUUCUGCAACGAACGCGCAGCGGCUGUCUCCUGGUGGGUUCAAAUGGCGCCGGUCUCUGCAGGCACGGCGCGUAGCAAAGGGAAGAAGAGUGCUGGAAGCAGCAAGGGUGAGCCAGUGGAAAAUGAAGGUCAUAAGAGUGAACAGGAGAAGCGACUCACCGACGAGAAACCAAUCAAUAUCUCAGUUCAGGAUAGAGCCCAUGGCUGA